GAAGCUGUUCAGAAGUUUACACUUUCAGUAUAAAAUAUGUCAUUCCAAUUCUGAAGGCAAAAGAAAAAUGAAGCUCCUUUUAUACCAGACUCUGAUUCUCCUCUCCUGGUACAAAUAUAUUUCAUGUAACAAGGAAUGUGGCCCCAGGAUAAAUGUGAGUGGAGCAGAAGGGGGAGGAGCCAGUCUACCAGUGAAGCUGCAGGAGCAGAUAAAGGAAAUUACUUGGAUUAUAUCUAAUGGAGACCAACCAAAUCUCUUUGCUACAACAAAACCCAAUGAGCCUGUUGAUAUCUGGGAUAAUAAGUAUGAGGGAAAAUUGUACAGUGAGACAGACGCCUCCUUAACCCUCACUGAUCUGACCAAUCAGGACCAGGGAAUCUACUCAGCAGCUGUCCGUCUGCGAUCAAAUAAGCGGUGUGUCCAACUGUAUCAUCUCCAAGUCUAUAAAAAUCUCUCAUCAGCAGAUAUCCUGAUUCAUCAAAACAUCACCCACAAUGAGACCUGUAACAUUACAGUCACCUUGACCUGUAUAGUCAAUGCAUCAGAUGUGACUGUCACCUGGAAUAGCACAGACAGCCCUGACACAGAAGUGACCAAUCACACGCUCCGUGUUUAUAAUGCUCCGUCCAAAAUUACAUACAGUUGUGCCGCCAAGAACCCAGUCAGUGAAGCCUCCAGAACUGCACAUAUUCCUGCAUCAUGCCCUGAAGGCCCCACAUCUGCAAUGGUAGCAGGACCCUCUAUAUUGAAAUGGUGGAUCGCUCUGAUUGUAGUAGCAGUUGUGAUUGUUGUUUCUGCAGUUCAUUACCGAUCUAAAAGGAAGAAGAGGGAUCAGCAGAAUCCGGCAGCAAUUAAAGGGCAGACUGUCAAUGCUGAGGUCCAAAAGCACAAGAGAGAGACUGGAUCUGGUUCUGGCACAGAAGAUGAAAGAGAUGAGAGUGUAGUAACUUUGUAUAGUGAAGUUCAAUUACCAAAGGGCCCGGGCAACCAAGCUGAAAGAAGGGAGGGCAACCCAUACACCAAAGAGAAGACAGAAGAGUUAGAAUCAUGUUAUGCUUUGAUCCAGGGCCCGGGCAACCAAGCUGAAAGAAGGGAGGACAACCCAUACACCAAAGAGAAGACAGAAGAGUUAGAAUCAUGUUAUGCUUUGAUCCAGGCACACAAUGACCCAUCAAGCAAUAGUCCUAUGAAACCGUACUACAACGAAGUAGUGUAAAGUCCAGUAUUGAGGUUUGGGAGUGUACGUAAGUGAAGAAUAAUAAAGUCAGGGGGUAAGUCCUCCAAUGUAAAACUUCCCCAAGCUAAAAUUU